UUUGAAGCCUCUGCUAUAUUACUCUUUUUGUUGUGGUGAAGAAGAUGGAGACAGCACUAAAUGGAAAUCAGGACAAAGACACAAUAUAUUGUAAAGAAAACCCUCUCUAUGAUGCAGACAUGAAUUUAUCCAACUCAAACCGCUAUGAUUUCCAGUCAGCUGAUGUAAAGCCUAGUAAGUCAUCAGGAAGGGCAUACAGUGUUCCAGUGAUUGUUAUAUUUCUUCUUCUACUAGGACUGAAUGUCUUCCUGACUUACAAAGUCUUCACUCUGGAGGCAUGGGUUCACUCUGAACUGACAAGGAAACAAAAUGCAGAUCAGCAUGAAUCCUCCACCAUUUUAACACAACAGAGCUCUCCUUUAGAUCAGCAUUGCCUGUCCAGCCUGUGUGGGGAUGAGAGAGGUCUGGAGUCUCUGAUGUCACAAGUGUACCUCCUCAAUUCCAGUGCUCUCCAGCUCCAGAAUCGAGUGGACAACAUCAGACAGGAGAAAGCACUUCCUGGACCUCCAGGACCUCCUGGACCACCAGGAGCUAUGGGGAUGCAAGGUUUGGGGGGUCCACCUGGUGCUAAAGGUUUAGAUGGACUCCCAGGAACACCAGGACUUAAAGGAGACCCUGGAUCACCAGGUAAAGCAGGCGAGCCUGGAGCCAUGGGUCAAAAGGGAGAGAAAGGAGAAACAGGCAUUAAAGGACAAGUAGGCCCACCUGGGCUCUCAGGACCCCCUGGUGUCUCUGGUAUUAAGGGUCAAAAAGGACUUAAUGGACUAUCAGGUCUUCCAGGUGCAAAAGGUCAGCCAGGAGAACCAGGUAGUGCUGGGCCCCCAGGGAACAGCGGACCAACAGGACCUAAAGGAAUACAAGGCUUACAAGGACCAAAGGGUGCUCCAGGGCCAAGUGGAUCUCCUGGACCAAGGGGCCCAAAUGGGCUGCAAGGGCCUGCUGGAGCGAAAGGUUCAGCUGGAGAGAAGGGAGACAAGGGAGGAAGCAUUGUAGGUCCUCCUGGUGUUCCAGGGGCAAAGGGAGAAAGAGGAUUGGCUGGUUUAUCUGGAACUAAAGGGGCGCAAGGCAGUAAAGGAGACACUGGCUCUCCUGGUUUACAGGGACCAAAGGGUGAUGCAGGUCCUAUGGGCCAAAAGGGGCAAAAGGGAGAUCAAGGACUUACAGGUCCUAAAGGAAAUAAGGGAGAACGGCAAGCUAAUACAAUGGUGCGCUUGAUUGGCUCUUCUACAUCAGGCAGAGUAGAGGUACUGUAUAACUCAGAGUGGGGCACGGUGUGUGAUGACAGCUUUGACACAGUGGACGGCACAGUAUUGUGUAAAAUGCUGGGUUUCCAGAGAGCUACACGUGUUUUCACAGCGCCACAAGGAACAGGUCGGAUCUGGCUGGAUGACUUGCAGUGUACAGGAACAGAGGCCAGCAUAUUUGAUUGUAAACAUCGAGGCAUUGGAGUGAAUGACUGCCAACACAGUGAGGAUGUUGGAAUAACCUGUUCCUGAAUGGCCAAAACAACCAACCCACCCGCCCCCACCCACCCAGCCAACACAUACACACACACACACACACACACACACACACACACACACAUGCAAAUUGGACUGAUUGUAUGCAAUGUUUUUUUUUAUAUAUACUCACAGUUGUAAUGCAGUAAUGCACGUUGAAGAUUUAAAGAUAACAUGGUGACAGUCACUGACUUUCUCCAUCUUUCUCUACUCCUCUAACAUUUCAAUCUUAUUUGGAGGUACCCUAUAAACCAUUAAAUAGA